GGUACAAAGAGGAAGUGGAUGUCCUUCACUGCUCCUGGAAGGCUAAGAUGCCACUCAUGAGAAGACAAUUAGCCUCCUCUUUCUGCUGCUGGGUUAUUGUAAUUUGUCUAUGGAAAGAUGUUUCCUGCUGUGAAUCUAACAAGUCUCUUACUGUUGACGAAGGAGAAGACGUCAUACUAGAGGUUGGUCAGACCCAACCUCAGUUGUCUUAUAUCACUUGGGACUUUGAAAAGCAUAUCAUUGCAAUAACAAGACCAGGGCAAGCACUCCAGCUGGAGAAGUAUAGCUACCGAUACCCUGGAAGACUCUUCAGCUCCGAUGAUGGCUCUUUAAUCAUUACAAGGUUAAUGGCCGAAGACAGACUCAUCUACAGAGCAGAUCAGUUUGAUGUGAAUUGGCACUAUCUGUGUGUACAACUUUUUGACGUCAGAAAGGAUGUGCAUGAUGGCAUAUCCCCAAAUGUUGAUCCUGCAGAAGCCUGCAGUCCCACUAAACCAAUAUUUCAUGACCUUGGAGAAAAUGUUACUUUGCAACUCCCAAGUAAUCCAAGAGUUGCAAAUGUACUGUGGGACAUAAAUAACAUCGAUCAUAUAGCAAUUACACAACCAGGUGGUAUUAUGUAUCGCCAAGAUCCCAGCUAUCGUGGUAAAUUGUCUGUCAUGAGAGAUGGAUCACUAAAAAUAUUUAAAGUGACCACCAAAGAUCAGCAUGUCUACAGAGCAGAACUUUUCACAAAGGAAUGGAGCCACCUCUGCCACCAACAAUAUGAUGUCAAACUGAAAAAUAUAUCUUCUCCGGAAUUAUCCAGUACUCGUGGAGUCCAGAAUGGCAUCCGCCUGGUCCUGUCUGCCUGUAUACUUCUUACUAUUCUAUCUAUACUGCUUUAUCAUUUGAAAACAGAAACAUCCAGGACACCACAGUGAUUUCUUGUAAUGGAGUCCUCUGAAGACCUAAAAAUAGGCAAUCAACUAAUGUCUAAAUGAUAACCAGGUUGUGGGACUGA